AUGUGCAGCCGUCAGCUUAACACCGGGGAUGAGUUCUAUUUGAUGGAGGAUAGAAAAUUGGUGUGUAAAGGCGACUACGAGGCCGCCAAGGCUAGAGUUUUUUUUUUUUUUCUUUUAUUCAUUCUGUCGGUCUGUUUGGCCUUUUCAAAUCUUUGGUUUUUCUUUCUUUUCUCUUUUAUUGUUUUUCCUUCAUUUAUUCAUUUGUACUCUUUUUCAUUAUUUUCAGUUAUUCUUUGUCAUUUUUUCAUUCGUAACAUUUUUUUCAGUAUUUUCCUUCUUUCCUGCUUUCAUUCGUAUUUUCUUUCAUUUUUUUCACUUAUUCUUUACUCUGUUUUCAAUUUCAUUCUUCAAAUUUUUAAAUAUUCAUUUUCUUCUUCAUUUUAUAUUUAUGAACUUUCUUUCAUUCCUUCUUUCUUUCUUUCUUUCUUUUUUUUCUUUCAUUCGCUCCUUCUUUAUUCUUUCUAA